AUGCAGGUACUGCAGUACAUAGCCCGAGAUUGUUACGACAAGCAGGGUAACAACACGUAUAACAACGACCCUUGGCUCAGUCUGCCGCCUCCUUUCACCAUCUCCGAUACCAAAAACAAGUUCAUUGCUGUUGGUUGUGAUACGUACGCACUUUUCAAAGGUUUUCGUGGUGAAGAAAGGUACAUAACGGGGUGCAUAUCCUCUUGUGACAGCCUAGGCAGCGUUGACCAGGACUCUUGCUCCGGCGUUGGCUGCUGCCAAACGAACAUCCCCAGUGGGAUGAAAAAUCGCACCGUGGAAUUGACAAGCUACAACAACCAUUUGGAUAUAUGGGGCUUUAACCCCUGCAGCUACGCCUUCAUUGUUGAAGAAGGCGAGUUCAAAUUCUCCAAUAAAACUUUUCAACAACUUGAUAGCUUGGAAAAUGUUCCAAUGAUUUUGAAUUGGGCAAUUGGGGUUGAGGAAGACCCAUGUGAUGAAGCCCAAAAGAGGCAGGACUAUGUAUGCAAGGGAAAUAGCACGUGUGUCAACCCCAUCAAUCGGUCUGGUUACAUUUGCAAGUGCAAGGAAGGUUACGAGGGCAACCCUUACCACCCAAAUGGUUGCCAAGAUAUUGAUGAAUGCAGCUUGCCAAAUAUUAAUCCCUGCACUAAUGGAACGUGCUCCAAUUUACCUGGAAGUCACACUUGUUUAUGCCCCACAGGGUACACAAUCGACAGCGUGAAUGGAACUAGUUGCUUAAAAAACCCUCCUACAUCAAAUAAUAAUUCCCUGAAAAUUUCAGUAG